AUGAAUACAAUUAUUGGAAACUUGGUGACGCAACUUGAAAAUGACCAUGUGGUAAGUGGCAUAUGCGUUUCUUUUGCACAUGCAACAUUUGGGUGGCGCCAUAUUACCAUGUGCCAAAGAAAGUUUUACUUAUGUAAGAAAAAUCCCGACGAGAUGAAACCAGAUGGAAAGCAUCACGACCAGCUGAGAGUUGAAAUUGUGUUUACCACGUAG